AGAAGUAACCGGAAAUGGAAACGUUCGCUUGACUGACUCGUUUCCGAAACAAGAAACGUUUCAAAGUUUGUCUGUGAGAGCCUGUGUGAGGAUUUCGCUUUUAGAUUUGAACCGCUGUGAUUAUUUCCAGACGAAAUUAGCAGUACAGAAUGUCAUUAGUCUUCAUCAGCAAAGCGAAAUAAGUAUUAGCCGCUGUGUAGCUAAAGCAGCUAACAGCAGUGAGGUAAUUAGUGUUAGUGGCUUUUAAGCCUUUUACAUUUCGUAAUGUAGUGCCACAAGAAAACAUUGACUUACUGUGAAGGUUGAAGACAACUAUUGCGAAGACCUUCAUCGUCUUCAACCUGAGACGAUAAAGGUUGAAGCAGAUGAACCUGGAGGGUUCAGCUUGGAUCCUCCUGUACCUGCAGCGUCCACAUCAGAACAAGUGGAAAAACAAGACAGCAAAGAUCCCAAGAUAACAGUCCAAAUGUUGAUUAAAGCAGAGGUUCCCCAUGCUGGCGGUUCCAGUUUUGACCAGCAGGAUCCUGAACCCCACAUAAAGGAGGAAGAGGAGGAACAAUUGAUCAGUCAGGAGGAAAUGCAUGUUUCCGUGAAGAGGGAAGAUGAAGAGAAAACUGAGCUAUCAGAGUUUCUUCAGAUCAAAACUGAGGACAAGCUAGAAACAGAAGAUCCAACCAGCAGCUUAGCUGAACAGAUUGAAUCAGAACCUGAUGAAGAGGAGUUUGGAGGAUCAGAACCAGACAGAAUCCAAGAUCCAGGGGGAGUUUCACAACAAAGUAAUAUGAUGGUUCAGAAAAAAGGCAUAAGAUCUAAAUUGUGUUCCAAACGUAGGAGACAGAUUGGAUUUGAAGCUGAAGAUAAACCCUUUGGUUGCAUUGUUUGCGGCAAAAGAUUCAAACGCAAGACUCACAUUAAAUUGCACAUGAUGAUUCACUCCGGAAAGAUAGAGUUCAGCUGUGAUCUUUGUAGAAAAGGGUUUAAAGAAAAGACUUCGCUUCUUACACACAUGAGACUCCACACUGGAGAGAGGCCAUUUACUUGUGAUGACUGUGGUAGAAGGUUCCAUGCAAAGAGAAUCCUUAAAACUCACCUGAAGGUCCAUUCAGAAGAAAAACCCUUUUCUUGUGAUGUUUGCAGUUCAAGAUUUAAAAUGAAAGAAACUCUUAAAAAGCACAUGCGGAUCCACCUCAAGGAGAAACCAUUUGUUUGUAGUGUUUGCAGUAAAGGAUUUUCACAACAAGAGAAUCUAAAGAGUCACAUGCGUGUUCACACCGGUGAGAAACCGUACAUUUGUAACGUUUGUAGUCAAGGAUUUUCUCUACAUCAGACUCUAAAGCGACACAUGUUUGUUCACACGGGAGAAAAACCAUUUGCUUGCAGUGUUUGCAAUAAAGAAUUUUCUCGACAGAAUUGUCUGAAGAUUCACAUGCAUGUCCAUACAGAAGAGAAGCUGUUUAGUUGUCAUAUCUGCAGCAGAGGAUUUUCACGACAAGCCUAUCUGAGAAAACACAUGAAUGUUCACAUGGCAAGAUUUGGCUGCAACUACUGUAGUAAACAUUUUGUGAAGAAAAUAGAUUUUCUGCAACAUAUGAAGCUCCACGCAGAGAAGAGCCCGUUUGGCUGUGAUGUCUGCAACACCAGAUUUGAUCAAAAAUGUAAUCUAGAAAAUGACGAGAGAAACUGAUGGUAAAACAUGAACCAUUUUAAUAAUACGGAGAGCCAAAGAAAAUCAUAGAUGUUCUUGAGGUCACCAACUAACAAUGGUUAUGAUAGUUGACUAAUCUGUCAGUGUGUUUCUAGUAAAUCAAUGAUUUUGUUAACCAAUCUGUGCUUUCUGUGGGUAUGCCAUCUGUUUUCAGCACUGAUACAUGUGUCACUCCUAGCUUACAGGUCAGCAAAGUUGUGAAUUGCAUCUUGGUGCUUUUAAGAUAAAUAAUACCCAGAAAGUUCAAUCAAUAAAUCAGCAAAAGAAGAGCUCUGUCAAAAAUAAUUUUAUGUUUCAAGUUGAUCUGUACAGGCGAUGUAAAGGGGUAACAAUGGCGAGUAAGAUGCCUUCUGAUCUGAGUUAUCUUAUGUUUCCUGUUUUCACAUUUUCUCAAACAUUAAAUUAUGGAAAAGUUA